AUGAAAUUACUGAAAUCUAAUGUUAGUUCCGAAAAACGGCGACUCGUCGAGGAACUGUAUGCUUUAGCGAGAAAAAAUUUUCCACGGAGACAUGUCAUAGUUCGAGGAUACGAUGAUCUGUGGCAGGCCGAUAUCGUCGAGAUAAUUCCGUACUCACGUUUCAACAAAGGUUACCACUACAUACUUACCGUCAUCGAUGUGUUGAGCAAGUACGCGUGGACUAUACCGCUCAAGAGCAAAAGUGGAAGCGAGACAGCUGACGCUAUCGCUGAGAUAAUUCGAGAGAGCGGCAGACGUCCGAAAAAUUUACAAACCGAUAUGGGGAAGGAGUUUUACAACGCCGACGUGCAGAAACUAUUGCAAAAACAUGACAUUAACCAUUAUUCCACGUACUCGCACUAUAAAGUUGUUGGUCCAGCGAAAUUCAAAGUAGGCGACUCUGUACGCGUGAGCAAGUACAAGAUAAUUUUCGAGAAAGGUUACACACCAAAUUGGACAACCGAGGUGUUCAAGAUCGUUAAAGUGCAGCGUACCAACCCCGUAACUUAUUUACUCGAGGAUUAUCGCGGAACAUCUAUCGCUGGAGCGUUCUACGAGCAUGAGUUGCAUCGCGCGACUCACCCGGACGUAUUUCUGGUAGAGAAAGUAUUGCGCAGGAAAGGAAACGAGGUUUAUGUCAAGUGGUUGGGAUUCGAUGGAUCACACAAUUCGUGGAUACACAAAGACAAUGUUAUUUAA